GCUGUGUGAGGCGGAGAGAAAACGAAAGCCGGGAGCGGAGGUGGGCCGGCGCCUGACGGGGCGGAGCGUCUGCCUCGUCGUUGUCGUCGCCGCCCUCUCUUCCCUUCCUUUCGUCCGUGACCGAGCCCGGCUCCACCCUCCUUCUCCGCCGCCUUUGCCGGCUCCUCCUCCUCGCCGCCUGGGCCCUGCCGGCCUCGCCUCCGCUCGGCUCCCUCCGCCCUCAUCAUCAUCAUCACCACCGUGCCUGGCUCUGGAGUUGGGGCUCGAGAGCGGGAGGGAAGCCGGCCGGACUUCUAGCCUGCUGAGGAGGGAGAAAGGCAAAAACAACAAGAACAAGAAGAGGCGGCGGCGGCUGCAGUUUUUAUAUAUAUUAUUUUUUUCCUCCUCCGCUUCCCCUCCCCCUCAAGAAGAAGAAGAGGCGCCACGCCGCCCGCGCACGGGCAGCCACCAUGUACACCGCGGGGGGAGCUGCCCCCGUCGCCGCGGGACCCGUACUUGCAACACCUCCACCGUUGCCACCUCCAAUACAGGCAUAUGCAUUUAAACCUCCCCCUCGACCUGAUUUUGGUACUUCAGGGAGAUCAAUCAAAUUACAAGCCAACUUUUUUGAAAUGGAUAUUCCCAAAAUCGACAUCUAUCAUUAUGAAUUGGAUAUAAAGCCAGAGAAGUGCCCUAGAAGAGUUAACAGAGAAAUAGUUGAACACAUGGUCCAGCACUUUAAAGGACAGAUAUUUGGGGAGCGCAAGCCAGUAUUUGAUGGAAGAAAAAACCUCUAUACAGCUAUACCACUUCCAAUAGGGAGAGAUAAACAGGUGGAAUUGGAGGUCACAUUGCCGGGAGAAGGGAAGGACAGAAUAUUUAAGGUGGCAAUAAAGUGGAUGUCAGGUGUGAGUCUCCAGGCUUUACACGAUGCUCUCUCUGGUCGUCUUCCAAGUGUUCCUUUUGAAACAAUUCAGGCUCUGGAUGUAGUAAUGAGGCACUUGCCUUCCAUGAGGUACACUCCUGUGGGACGGUCCUUUUUUACUGCGUCAGAAGGGUGCUCUAAUCCCUUGGGUGGGGGAAGAGAAGUAUGGUUUGGAUUCCAUCAGUCAGUUAGGCCUUCACUGUGGAAAAUGAUGCUUAACAUUGAUGUAUCUGCAACAGCAUUUUAUAAGGCGCAGCCAGUAAUUGAGUUCGUAUGCGAAGUUUUGGAUUUCAAAAGUAUUGAAGAACAACAGAAACCUCUGACAGAUUCCCAAAGGGUUAAGUUUACCAAAGAAAUUAAAGGUCUGAAGGUGGAAAUCACUCAUUGUGGGCAAAUGAAGAGAAAAUACCGAGUAUGCAAUGUUACCAGACGACCAGCAAGUCACCAAACAUUCCCACUUCAGCAGGAGAGUGGACAGACCGUUGAAUGCACUGUAGCUCAAUAUUUUAAAGAUAGGCACAAACUGGUUUUACGGUACCCUCAUCUUCCAUGUUUACAAGUUGGACAGGAGCAGAAACACACAUACCUCCCUCUAGAGGUAUGCAACAUAGUAGCAGGACAGAGGUGUAUAAAGAAGCUGACAGACAAUCAAACUUCCACUAUGAUAAGGGCAACUGCUAGAUCAGCACCUGACCGUCAAGAAGAGAUUAGCAAACUGAUGCGAAGUGCAAGUUUUAAUACUGACCCUUUUGUUCGUGAAUUCGGAAUAAUGGUGAAAGAUGAAAUGACUGAUGUGACUGGGCGGGUCCUGCAGCCUCCUUCGAUUCUCUACGGGGGCAGGAACAAAGCAAUAGCUACACCAGUUCAAGGGGUUUGGGAUAUGAGGAACAAACAGUUUCACACUGGAAUCGAAAUAAAGGUCUGGGCAAUUGCUUGCUUUGCUCCACAGCGCCAGUGCACUGAAGUCCACCUUAAGUCCUUUACAGAACAACUGAGGAAGAUCUCAAGAGAUGCAGGAAUGCCCAUCCAGGGUCAGCCCUGUUUCUGUAAAUAUGCCCAGGGAGCAGAUAGCGUGGAGCCAAUGUUCCGACAUCUAAAAAACACCUAUGCUGGAUUGCAGCUUGUAGUAGUCAUUCUGCCAGGAAAAACGCCAGUUUAUGCGGAGGUGAAGCGUGUUGGUGAUACUGUUCUUGGCAUGGCCACACAGUGUGUGCAGAUGAAAAAUGUGCAGAGAACAACGCCACAGACUCUUUCCAAUCUGUGCUUAAAGAUCAAUGUCAAACUGGGAGGAGUAAAUAACAUUUUACUGCCCCAGGGAAGGCCUCCAGUAUUUCAGCAACCUGUAAUUUUCCUCGGUGCAGAUGUCACUCAUCCACCAGCUGGAGAUGGGAAAAAACCAUCCAUUGCUGCUGUUGUAGGUAGCAUGGAUGCCCACCCUAACCGAUACUGUGCCACUGUGAGAGUCCAGCAGCACCGCCAAGAAAUUAUCCAAGACUUGGCUGCCAUGGUCAGGGAGCUGCUGAUUCAGUUCUAUAAAUCAACCCGAUUCAAACCAACUCGGAUUAUUUUCUACAGAGAUGGUGUUUCUGAGGGGCAAUUCCAACAGGUUCUCCAUCAUGAAUUGCUGGCUAUCAGAGAAGCAUGUAUUAAACUAGAAAAAGACUACCAGCCUGGAAUUACAUUCAUUGUUGUGCAGAAAAGGCAUCACACCAGACUCUUCUGUACAGACAAAAAUGAAAGGGUUGGGAAAAGUGGGAACAUUCCAGCAGGUACAACAGUGGACACAAAAAUCACCCACCCUUCAGAGUUUGACUUCUACCUGUGUAGUCAUGCUGGCAUUCAGGGGACAAGCAGGCCAUCUCAUUACCAUGUUCUCUGGGAUGACAAUCGUUUCUCUUCAGAUGAGCUUCAAAUCCUUACCUACCAACUAUGUCAUACAUAUGUACGCUGUACUCGUUCUGUUUCAAUCCCUGCACCAGCAUAUUAUGCACACCUGGUUGCCUUCAGAGCCAGGUACCAUCUGGUGGAUAAAGAACACGAUAGUGCCGAAGGAAGUCAUACCUCUGGUCAGAGCAAUGGCAGAGACCAUCAAGCACUUGCAAAAGCGGUUCAGGUUCAUCAAGAUACAUUGCGCACCAUGUACUUUGCUUGACAUGUUGCAGUGAUUUAAAUAACUCAGUUCCAAGUUGGAUUCACAGGAGACCAGCUGCACUUAGACCAACAGUUGCCCCAGCUACAGCGACAGCCAGCAAUGAGUGAUGCAUCUUAAUUUUAUUAGGUUUUUAUUUUUAGUAUUUUUUUUUUCAUUUGCAAGGAAGCCUUCUGUCCGGAAUUUCAGACUUGAUUGCGAACUGCAGACCUGUACAAAAUUGCACAGCUAUUAGAAGUGUGGAUUUGCCAAAAUCAGAAGCUGCUUUUCAGGAGGAAAGGAAAAAAACAAACAAUCAAAACCCACCUUUUGUAACUAGAUCUAGAGCUGUGAUCUCAGGGCUAAAAACAACACUUUUCAUUUAGUUAUACCUUUCUCCAUAUACACUUCUUUGUAACUAAUCUGAAAAUACCCAAGUAACAGAAGGCUUAAUAGGUUGGGGAAAAGCUCUGAAUUUUGCUUUUAUUCCUGAAAAGAAAACAGAGUGCUAAUUUGGGUACCACUGAAAUCCUCUGUCAUUUUGGAUGCAUUUACAAAGGGUUUAGUGUUGAAAUGCAACAGGGGAAGAGCCCUGGUUUGCCCUUUGCUGUCUUCUAGAGAAACAGUCUGUGUGGGUCUAUGGGCAAAAAAGUAUUUUUGAAGUAUGUUCUUGAAUGUUUCAUUGUGCUGUUUUAAGUUUUUCAAAGAAUGAAUUAUGGAAUUAUUUCAGGAAGAAAAGGGAGUUUAUUAUACUUUUUAUUAGGUCCAUUGAAAGAUAAGCAAAGUGUGCCAUUGAAAAUGUAUUUUUUUCCUUUUUUCAAAAAUCCAUUUUGAUUACUAAUCAUGGAGUUUGUCCUAUAGGACUGUGACACUUAAUUUUCCAAAGCUUUUCUAAAGAAUACGGGUCUGUGGUGAUACAGUACAAUCUUUUUCACUGUUAUGUUUGAAUUAAUGUAAAAUUUAUAUAUGUUUCACAGUAUUAACAUGAUAGACUAGAUGCUAUUUAUUUUUAUUUACUAAGGAAUGCUCAACAUAUUUCUGUUAACAUAUCAUAAAUUCAGGAAUGCUUUGGAUUUGAAAUGAGAAGUUUAUCAUGAGGACACUAGUGAUUUGGGUUGGAACUGUCCAACCCUAGCUUCUUUUGCAAGUUCAUUUCAACAGAGCUUGUGUGGGAUGCUUUACCCACAUCCCCUUGAAAUGAACAGAGGAUAUACUGUAGGAGUGCUUGGUGUAUUGCACCUUCAAAAGCAGGAAUAUGCAACUGACUUAAUGAGACAGGGCUGAGAGAUUUACCUGGUGUAUAUAUUGUUUUGUUUGGUGUGUAUCUGGAAGGCUUGCUGAGGUCUCCCAGCUCAGUAGAUCUAAAACUCAGUAGCUUAGGCAUGGACAUGAAAGAACAAUUCUUGAUUAAUUCAAGCACAAAAAUGAUUUUCCUGCUUGACCAUCUGAGACCGGGAAGUGAAAGGAACGAGAUCUGAUGUUUACUUGGGCAGGGAAGUGUCAAAUCUUUUGCAUAGCAGGGGUGGGGGAGGUUUGCCCUUCUCUUUGAAGAAGCAUUCAAACCUACUUUAAAAUAAAAGCUUCUGUACAUUUGCACAGGGUUCGUAGAAGUGACUGAUCACACACACCAUUGCACUAAUGAUGACAACAGGAACACUACUAAGAUACUGUAGAAGAAAGCCGGGGAAUUUUCCCUCCUAAUCUGAUCUUGCUGGACUUUUAAAAAAAGAACUAAACACAUCAGGUCAAUGUUAAGUACCCUUUUUAUGCUUUUAAAACCUCUUUAAGAUACAUUUGGAUUUAUUUUCUUUCUCCUAAACCACUGCUUUGCAAGAUUUGUGCCUCUUUCUCUAUUUGAGAAGUGGGGGAAAUGGGAACAGACUGUGCUAAGGCUGUUGGGGUAUUGUAGAACUGAUUGUUGAUGCCUGGGCAAAAGAGUCCUCAGUUUUUUGUUGCUUAUAAAAUUGUAGGGAUCUAAUUUAGAUAGUCUGCAUGUAGUAAGCACUGCCUCAUGUUACCAAAAGGCACGGCUGGAACAACAGGCUUUUGAGGCAUGAAUAUGUCAUGUUUUCUUUUGUUGAAAUGAGUGUGUUUGUGUGCCUGUUAAAAUUCUGUACACUGCAGUUCCAGCAGCUUGAUAAGUUUAAGAAAAACAGGAACCAGGCAUGCUGUCUGUCAUUCUGCUGUGGAAAGCAGAUUGCAGCAUCUCCUCCUGAACUUUAUAGUAUGUUAACUUUUUCUUUAUGGAUUUGUUGCACUUUCCAGCUAGUGUUGGGGGAGAGAUUGAAAUGUGAAGUCACAUUCAGGUUUCACCAUUGUUCAGUUGGUGAACAAGCUAGUUUUUAAAAGCUGAUAUCCUGCUUUGGAAGUUUUGUCCCAGUUAGCUGUCUGUCCUAGACAGGCAGUUAAGGUGACAGUCAUUUGUUCUUUCCUUACGUCUCCAUCACCUCCACCAGGCAGAAAGAGAUUGGCUAAAAUGGUAGAAUUUUCCUUGUCUUCCUAUCCAGAACUGAGUGGCCGGGUCACUGCAAAGAGCUCUUUCCCACAGCUACUGUUAACUAGCAGUAGCUGCUGACUUCUAGGUGCUAGUUGGCAGCCAGUUAGUUCUUUUCAUUCCUUCCAUUUCCAUCGUUUUCAUUGAAUCAGCAUUCUCAGACUGCAGACAUGUGCCCACAGAGGUUGUCUGAGCUUGUGUAGAUCCUCUCCAAAGAAUUAAUGUUGUCUUGUCACUGGCAUAUGCAGCAAUUUUGUGUGAGUAUCUUUUCUGUGUAGAAGGAAUAGGGUUAUUUUCUGAAAGUUGGAUAUUGUUAUGGCAGAAAGGAGAAAAAUGCAUGUUCUUUCUUUUAAUCUUGUAUACUGUAAUAUUUAAAAUAGCCCUUUUGCUUUUUCUUUGUUAGAUGCAUGGUGAACUAGUGUCUAGCAAAAUUCAGCAGCAGGGGGAGGGGUUGUAAAACUUUUUUUGAACAAUUGACAAUGCACUUUGAAAAGAUAGGGCACUCUGAAUAUGCACAGGAAUUGCUUUUUAUAAUAUAUGCAUAAACCAAAACUCCAAAUUGAAACAAAGCAUAAACCUUUCUACACAGCUUUUUACUGAAUUGACUCUUGAAAGCACAGCAGUAUCUCAGGUGAAUGAUUUCAUACACUUCUAUCCAAAAUAUUCUCCAUGACAACAAAGGAGAAUAGUUUACAAAAGCUGAGGUGGAGUCUAGGAUUAUAACAUAUCCCUGGAAGUGCUUUUAAAUUUCAUCUCAUUAUUGGAAAUCACUUGAUAAAACUGAUUCUGUUAGUAAUUUGGCUUCUUUUUUAAAAAAAAGUUGCUUCUUUUUCACUUGUAGAGAAGCCUGGUGGUCUGACUGACCACUUCAGUUGGUAAUAAAAUAAAAUAAAAAAUCCCAUCAGUGUUCGGCUGUAGCCAAGCAGGCUUUGCAGAAUUCCAUUGCCUGUAAUUGCUGCAGUCCUUUCUCAUUCUUCAGCUAUAAGGAUUAGACUGUGCUGCAUGUUUAUCUGUAUGCUGUUGCCUAUUUGAUGCUUAAAAAUGCAUGUAACAUCUCAAGACAGAAGAAGGGGCUGAUAUCUGGGCUGUAGCAAAACCAAUUGCUUUGCUGUUGAUUCCAUGUUGCCAAGUAAGAAACCAUCUGUUGUAGGAAGCAUUUUUCUUUUCUUUUUUUGCGGGAGGAACACCCUUUAGAAUUAAAGUGUGCAAGUUGUAACUAUGCUAGAACUUCACUAUAAUGUGGGGGUUGAGGGACAAAGCAUGCACCUGUGUUAUAGGGGUUUGGUGUAAUAUUGAAAACCACAGUACUGUGCACAUUAUUCUACUCUGGGACAUCGUCAAACCCAUGAUAUAUCUGAAUCUGCGGUAUAGCAAAACACAUUAUGAGGUUCCAUUGUAUCUGAGUUUCCUGUUCUUGGUUUUUUAAUUUUUUUUUUUACGAUGUUGAGAUGUAAAAUAAGAGUGCAGCAACCAGAGCACAAACCAAUGAACCAGCCAAAUAACUGAAGCCAUUUUAUUUUUAAAAGCGGGAUAUACUAGAAUUGGUCUCUUGUGCCUUUUAAAAAUACUCAUUCCUGAUGCAGAGAGAAUGGAUGCCUUUGGGAGCAUAUGAGCAUUGGUGUCGCUUCCCCUUGCUCACUCACUCGGAGAGGCUGUGCUCUGUUGGCCAGAGAUGAUGACAAAGGGUGUGGAAUGGGAGAGCCAUGGCCAAAUCUCCUCUCCACCACAUUUUCAAGCCGUUAAAUUAUGUCGUGGACCCAGCCAAGUUCUCUGCCUCUCUUUGUAAGAACAGGCACAAUCAAGCCACCAAGUUUUCAGUACUGUUCUGGUGCUGACUUGAUAUGGGAUAUACAACACAUUUGAAGCUGUAUUGUUGAAUAUUAUUGUAACACAAUGGCUGGGGCACUGGAAUAAUUCUGAUCUAAAAACUUGCCAAGGCCAUUUUUUGCGUGGUGUAUGUCUAACUUGUAAAGAUGUAUUGUGUGACUUCACAUGGCAUCUGUUGUGGUGGGUUUCUUCAAGGGAGAUACAAGUUCUUGCAAUGUCUUUCCCCUUAUUCCUCUGCUUUGCACAUGCAUAACUCCUGUUAUGCUGGGCUGCUUCUACCUGUACCUAAAAGACUGAUAACAUGUAGAUGUAAGGUAAGAAGUAUGUGUAGGUCAAGAGCAGCCAAUGUGGUGCCCUCUGAGUAUUGUUGGACUCCAGCUCCCAUCAGCCCCAGCCAGUAUAGCCAGUGGUCAGGGAUGAGAGUUGGAGUCUCAACAACUCAUGGAGGGCACCAUGUUGGCUAUUCUGUCCCAGUUUAUGGAAGCAUCUUGAUAGUUCCAAGUUCUUGGAGGAAGUUGUGUGUGUCUUAACUCUUGAUUUAGGCUGUUAGAUAUGGGAGUAGCCUAAAAAUUGUUAGGCAACAAUAACGUCGCCUCAAAAUUAACAUGAGGAAGGCAUCUGGGUUUCUCACCAGCCUCGCAUGUGUAUCUUGUCUAGCCCCCCACCCCACCAGCCUAAAAACAAUGACCAGGAUCAGAUGGGAUUGGAAGUAUCUAUCAAAAGCACCAAGCCUUAUCUCUUGAGGUCAGUGUAGUCUCUUCCCACCAACUUGAAAACUAAAUUGGAUCUUAGUGUGCUGAGUGACGCUUCACUGCCCCUCAGUCUGGAGGGAGAGUUGGAAAAUAGGAUCAGGAAGUUGCCUAUAUCAGUUCACCACUAUGUGCCCGUCUAACUCAUUCUUGUCUAGUCUAGAAGCAGCUUUUUUAGGGACUAGGGUCCUUCACAUCAUCUGUGACCUGAUCUUUUUGUUGCUGCUGUAAAUAAGAGAUACCAGGAUUCAAAUCUGGGACCACCUGCAUGUAAAGAAGGUGUUGGGGAACCAUUGGCUCUCCAAAUGUUGCUGAACUAGAACCCCCAUCAGCCCCAUCAAGCAUAGCCAAUGGCCAGGGAUGAGGCGAGUUGUAGUUUAACCUCUGGAGGACCAAAGGUUCUGCACACCUGAUGUAAAGCAUGUACUAUGGUGCCUGCUCAAAGGGUACCCAUGUUUUGAAUGGCAUGCAUUUCCAUUUACACUUUGUGGGACGAGAUUUUGCCUUUUGUUUAGGGAUUGUAGAUAGAAAUCUUGCCACAUGUGAUACAACGUAGAGAACAACUCCUGUGGCAUUCCUUAAGCCAUAAGGUCUGUACGCCUAAGGAACUUUAUGCCUAAGUAGCUGUAGAUUAAAUUGCAUUUUUAAAAGUUGUUUUUCCAAAAGCAGUUCUUGUUUAAACAGCUUUGUAGAUUUCAAAAUGGCAUUUGCUCUUUGAGGCUGAGAUAAUGCAGUCUGUGACAAGGUGAUAUAUAUUCCUUUUACAUUUGUAGAUGAUGACAAUUUUGCUUUUGAAAGCAUCCAGGCAAUCACUUCUAGGAAAAACUCAAGCAGGAUGUAAUUGCACUGAUUCCUUUUAUUUCUUUUUACUGUAAGGGAUUUUCUGUUAGCAUCUGCUGUAGCUAUUGGAAUAAUACUGUACAUAGUGUUAGGACAAGGCAAGAGAGAGAUGUUCUGCAUUCAUUGUUGUAUUUCUAGACCGAAUGGCCCAUUUUACAGUAUUAAUAGAGGAACCUAAAUGCUCAUAUUAGUUUCUGCGUUUUAUCCAUUUGUAUGUAGCUGAUAAAUCCUUGAUGGACAGAGAUUGAUACAUUUGCUCUGUAUGUUUUAGUGAAAUUUAGACUUGUAUUCACUCCAUAGUUUCUUUUAGUCCCUCUCCAAAAUGCACUUUGCUUGCAAAAUACCUACCCCCAUGCCCCCUUAUUUUAUGCUCUGGUAUAAUCAGCUUAUGUAUAGCUCUGCCCUGCAGUUCAUCACUCCCUUUUUGACCAGUCGCCCAUGCUGCUUGAUUAUAAAGAGUGCAGAUUGUGACACUGUGCCAAGGGAAAUGGCUGGUGGAGAACCUCAGGAUCUGCUUCAUUUGGAUGUUUUCACGUGUCUGUUAAAGAGUGGCUGUGUGACACCAUUGAUUGGAGGGCAGAACAUGGGCUUGUGCUUCAUCUUGUGCCUCAGGGCUGCUUAGCGAGUGGAGCUGCUGUCACCCAAUCUCUCAUGAAAUCUCUGUUCUCAUGGAGUGGGCAGCCCAUAUGAAUAGCUGUGACAUGGAUAGCCUGUGACGCAAAUUGACCUUUCUGUAUCCACUUGUUCUCUACGGUACCAGUGUAUCUGCUAGUAACCAGUUCUUUCUGUUGUUGAACUACCUUUGGCACACUUAUUAUAGGCAGAUAAGCCUAUGCCCCUGCACUGUUGUUCAGGUUCUUCCAGGCGCCCCCCCCCCAUCACUUUUUCAUGUUAAGCCUGGUGUUGUGAUCUGUUUGCUUGGUGUGGUAUGUACCUUACUUGCAUCCUAUUUAAAUGCCUGCUGUCUUUUUCAUGUUGUUGCCUGAAGUAUUAAAAGAGAAUGUAUUUGGCUUGGCCAGAUUGCAGCGGAGAGCUCUUCAGUUAGCAAGCAGAUAGUUUAAAAAACUACCUCCUUCAUUCUUUGAAAGAGAUUAGGGUAUUUUCCUUUUUAAAAUAUGAUUUUAACAUUACUGAGAAGAGCUAAAUUUCACCAAAGGGACCUGAGUUCCUAUGAAUUAUUGGCUUCUGAUCUGAGGAGCCAAGUGCCAUAAGGGGUCUCAUAAAAUCCUUGAAAGAGCAUUUCUGGACAGAAUCCAUAGGAAGUUCUCUGCCUGUUUUGCAAAACACCCCCCCCAAAACACGGCAAAUUGCUUUUACAGAUUUGGCAUGUGUUUACGGAUUACAGUGAUAUCAUGGAUCAGUCAACUGUUACCUUAUAAUUUCAUUUUUUUUCGUAUUGCUGUUUCCAAAUAAGAAACAUUUCAGUGUUUUAAGUGUAGAGGUACGUGUGCACUUGGAGCGUUUGGCCAGAAUCCAUAAAGCUACUUUAGAUGCACCCAUAGGCUUGGGCAUGCACUUCUCCCCUUUAAAUGGAAGGCCCUUAUUCCAUAUUAUAGGUUGCUUUUGAAAUUCCCUUUUGUUUCAAAAGGGGUUUGCCUCUUUUAUAUGAGGGAUUGCAGUUUGAAAAACAAGCCCAAAGUUCCCUUGUGCUUAUAGAGAACUAGUUAUCAUGUUCUUUGGAUCCAGGUGGGCACAAACAUGUAAAAUAAUAUAUAAAGUCUCAUCUUUUAACAGAAGGUAACAUGAAGGUGCUUUAAACUUAUUUUGAAUCUAGGUUGACGUUAUGUGUUGAGUAUUUUUAAGAUUCAAUUUAGGUAAUUUUUCUUGAAACUUCAACCUUGAAGAUGCUGUUUUCCCCUUCACAAGUCACAGACUUAUAUAGACUCUAAAUGUGCAAAAGGAAAAAAAAGUUAUUGAAUGUUUUAUAUUAUGAGUGUGUUCUGUUUCAUUGUACAAGAAUUUGGUCACACCUCAGAACCUGAAGUGAGUGCAACUAAAGGUGCUUUUAUAUCAAACUAAACUAUAUAAAACUAUCUUGUAAUCAUCACAUUAUUCUGAUGAUUGAUUACAUCAUGCUUCUCUAUAUUGCUAUCAAGUUUGCUGCCUUAUAUGUCAUAGGGGUGUUAUCCAUAGCCACAGUAAGUGAUUUAUGGGUAAUUAAUGCAAAUCAUCUUAAAGUUCAUAUUGUCAGUGAAGUUUACCAUCCAGAAGAGACAUGUUUGCCAGUGGUUUGCAAAUAGGUUUGUUCAUAAUUUCCACCAUCCUUUGAUGGCUGAAAUCCAGAAAACUAUGUUAAUCCCGCUGGGGCUUUUUUUGAAUGGAAGACCCUGCCAUGCCGUAUCACAGUGUGGGCUCGAUUGUUCCCUGGAGUUUCAAAAGUGGGUUGCCAUGUGGCAAAAGGACAGUUGCCAUUCAAAAGACACAACCUCAAAGCCCACUUGGCUGUGGAGCACUAGUGGUAGGAUGGAGGAAACUGCCUUACAUUGGGUCGCUUAGCUCAGGAACAGCAGCAGUUCUCCAGGCUUUCAAGCUGGAAUCUCCCAGUUCUGUUUAGUGACACCAGGGAUUGAACCAGAUACUUUUUGCAUGCUACAUCCCAAUGGUGAAGGCUCUUUUGGAUUGUGGCUUACACCCUUACUCUGAUAGAGAUGCUCAGGCCUGGUGACUAGCUGCAAGUUGCCUGAAAGAAAGAGUAAGCAAUCUAAGUUCCCUUUCAAAACUCAGUGCUGCUUGGCAUGAGAUCCUUCAAUAUGUGCUUGUGCACACAGUGAAGCAUAUUUCUAUUUCUCUAUGACCAUCCGAAAGCUGGUGGAGUGUGUUCAUGGAGGCAUCUGAGCCACCGGGAAUCGGGAUGCUGGUGUAGAUGGACCUUUUGGCCAGAUCCAAUAGGACGGCUCUUACAUGUCGCCAACCAUGGUUUUAAGGGAACCAGCAUGACAUUUGCACUGGCUCUGAAUUUACAAGAGAAGGUUUAACCUUGGGGGAAUAAAAAGGUUGCUACCGCUAAAAUGCCAGCAGUUGAUGUUAUUUUCAGCUACUUAAACCUGAGCGAAGGAGGACAGUAGGGGCUAGAAGGGUUUUAGAAUCAUAGAAUCAUACAAUAGUAGAGUUGGAAGGGGCCUAUAAGGCCAUUAAGUCCACCCCCCUGCGCAAUGCAGGAAUCCAAAUCAAAGCAUUCCCAACAGUUUUGAUAAUUUAACUUACUGAAAACCUGCUGAAAUUAGCAUAAGUGAGUACCAAAUUGUGAAAAGGGAACUAGCAUACUUCAAAUACUACUUUACAACACAGAACUUUCUUUCCCUUCACCUGUUGUUCAAAAUCUGUCAAAACUCCAUAAAGAGUGCAAGGAUGUAGCUCGAUGGCAACUUCUUAGGAAAACUUUAUUCCACAUAUCAUUAUGGAUAUACUUACAAGAGAAAGCUUGUUAUUGAGAAAUUGCAAGUAUGCAACACUAUGAUUCUAGCUCUGAGAGAAGAAUGCUGCUGCUGUUGCCUCUAGAGUGAGCCUGGAUAUGAGUGAUCUCUAAAUUCAAGGCAGCUUUUUCUCUAGAUAGUUUUAACAUAUACCAGUGGAAUAAAGCAAGAAUAAUGUAUGCAAAAAGCUCUUGCCUUUUUGUUUUGUUAAUCUCUCAAGAUUAUGACUAGGAAAGAAAUGCUUGGGGAGGGGGAGGAUGUUGCCCUCCUUUAAAAACAAAAACUACCUCUGAUUAUAAUUAGCUUGGCAGUAUUGUGGUCACCUUUUCAGUCCUUUUUAAGAGGCGAAAGGAUGUUGUGUGUUGCAAAAGCCACAGUGUUGUUUUCCCUGAGGGUUUCUUCACACAUGAAAUAUUUUUAGAUGUACCUCUUAAACACACACAUAUAGAGUUGGAGCUGGGCUUGGCUGUGCUUCCUUGCUGAGCAUCCCCAGGGUGGUGAACCUGGGUUUGCCAUUUGUGUAAUGUGUGAAAUGGCCCUAGAAUCCCAGCAGUUGCAGGUUCUGAGACCCCAGAGCGUGUGGACAAAAGUUAUUAUUUUGGCCAACAGCUAUUAAACCAGAAUGAAUCCAGAAUAGUAAAAAAUAAAUUGUGGGGAGGAAGGCCAGUAUGUAUAAGAACAUAAGAGCCCUGUUGAAUCAGGCCAAUGGCCCAUCUAGUCCAACAUUUUGCUUUCCUAGUGGCUAACCACAUACCUCCACGGAAAGCCCGAAAGCAGGACCUGAGUACAAGAGCACUCUCCUCUCCUGUGGUUUCCAGAAACUGGUGUUCAGAAGCAUACUGCCUCCAACUGUGGAGGGAGAGCAUGGUGUAAUCUGACCUAAAGCUUUUAUACACUUCAGAUUUAACUGACACCUCCUGGGCUUAUUUUGUAGCUUGGUCUAUGCAAUUGUGGUAUUUUUCUUUAUAAACACUUCUUGGAUCCAGACUAAGUUGCUUCAUUGAAAUCAAUGGGUUGUUGUUAUGUGCCUUCAAGUUGAUUACGACUUAUGGCAACCCUAUGAAUCAGCGACCUCCAAUAGCAUGUUACAAACCACCCUGUUCAGAUCUUGCAAGUUCAGGUCUGUGGCUUCCUUGAUGGAAUCAAUCCAUCGCUUGUUUGGCCUUCCUCUUUUUCUACUCCCUUCUGUUUUUCCCAGCAUUAUUUUCUUUUCUAGAGAAUCAUGUCUUCUCAUUAUGUGUCCAAAGUAUGAUAACCACAAUUUCAUUAUUUUAGCUUCUAGUGAUAGUUCUGGUUUGAUUUGUUCUGAGACCCAAUUAUUUGUCUUUUUUAGCGGUCCAUGGCAUCCGCAAAGCUCUCCUCCAACACCACAUUUCAAAUGAGUUUUUUCUUUUACCCGCUUUUUUCACUAUUCAACUUUCAUAUCCAUACAUAGAGAUUGGGAAUACCAUAGUCUGCAUGAUCCUGACUUAAGUGUUCAGUGAUGCAUCUUUGCAUUUGAGGACCUUUUCUAGUUCUCUCAUAGCUGCCCUCCCCAGUCCUAGCCUUCUUCUGAUUUCUUGACUAUUGUCUCCAUUUUGGUUAAUGUCUGUGCCAAGAUAUUGACAAUCCUUGACAAGUUCAAUGUCCUCAUUGUCAACUUUAAAGCUAAAUAAAUCUUCUGUUGUCAUUACUUAAUUCAUUAUUAACUUGUCCCAGUUCAACUGACUAAAUUGGGAUCCAACCUGUUUAGAAAACAAAAUACCUGGGAACUUCAUUUUCAUACAUAUUUCUUUUGACCAGAAAGAAAAAUGAAACUUUAAAACAAAGUAUGAUGUUGUUGAAAAAAUUGAUUACUUAAUGAAAAGCAGAUUAGUGAAUAUUUCAAGUGGUACUAAAAAUAAUAUAUUUAAUUAGUUUACACCCUUUUACUGCCUCUCUGUUGCAAUGUUCUAGGCUUCCAGGAUAUAAAGUAUCUACAGAACUAUAAAAUUAGCACUUGAGGAAAACUGCAAUUUUAUUUCUACCCCAUUAGUAAUGUAGAGUUUCCAUUUAAUUGUAUGUAUAUUGUAUAUUUCACUCUAUACAUUCAUCUAUAAAAACUCCAUGUAGGAGAUUUGGCAUUUAAUGCAUUGUGUGUACCUUAAGCAUUUUUAGUUACAUGCUUGUGAUAUGGUUUCUUUAACUUAAGCCUUAACAAAUGUAUGAAAUUUGUCCAACAUCAGAAUAUGCAAAAAGAUUAGUUUAGUAAGACUAACUCUUUUCCCAUGAAGGCACAAGAGAUUUUUUUUAACGAUUCUAUCCUUAAAACCAGUCUGCAUUUUUGAGGAGGCACCUACCCUGUAGCCUUGUCACUCUAUCUCAAUUUUUACAGAAUUUUAUAGUUCCUGGAUUUGGGUCUAGCCACGUUGUUGAUUGAGACAUAGUGGAGAAAAUAUUAAGUAAUUGGAUCAAAUUCUUAUUUUUAAAGGGCUAGGGGAUUAAUGUUGCUUCAUUCCCCCAUCUCAAAUGCAGUUGUGUGAAAGAAGAGUCUUCACUAUUUUAAAAAAUGUACGUACAUUGAAAGCUCUGAAAUAGCGAUGUUUUUUGCAUCUUAUAACUGACAUUGAACCUUUCAAAUUAGAGUUGCAGAUGGGGUGGUGGGGAGCCAGCACUCUUUCCAGUUUGGAUCUACCUCAGAGUAAGCAGUUGGGUGCUAAUUUAUUCAAAUUAUCAAUGAGAUUGUCCAAAGUGACCAAAUAGUAUGUGAUUACUUGUCAUCUGAAGACAAGCUUAUUGGGGGGGGGGGGGUUGUGUUACAAAAAUGCAUUUGGUUUUUUUUUCAUCUGUGUGCCUUUUGUGUUGAGUCCCAAUGCAUAGCAAAAUUGUCAUAUUCCUAUAUUAAAUAUAAAUCCUUUUUAACAACGAAACUGAAAACUGUCAAAUUAGAGUUUCUGAAAAUUAUGAAAGUGUAUUUUUGUGUGUAAUAAAUAUAUAAAUUUACAGCUUAAUAGAAUGCUUGUAAUGUGGAGAGAUUUUAGAAACAAGGCAUUGAUACUCGGAUCCCAAACUAUUCUAUGCAUACAUUUGAAUGGCCAUACACCAUGCUCUGUGGAGCUUUUCAAUGUUUGCCCAAAAGGAAGUGGUUUGGCAGUUUAAUCUUGGGAUAUGAGUAUGCUCCAAUGAGUUAGCCACGUUCUGUGGGCUGCCCCACUUGUUGCAAUGAAGGAAACAAAUCUGCACAAUAGAUCAGCUUCCUCCAUUUAAACAGGGAAAACUGUGACCUGGAUAGUUCCAGGGGGAGCUCAAUGUGUGUGAAAAUGUGUAUAUGUAGCUACUGAUACUCAAGCUGUACACAUACAUGUAUAUAGUAAAACGUGGAAGUGGUGUGCGUGUCAGGUAACGGAAUAAAACAUCAAAGUAACUUUCUGCAUGCUUUUAUAUAACAGUUUGAAUACCCUUUUUAUAUAAACCUUUUUUUACUUACCUUUUUUUUGAGACUGAGUUGUAAUAUACUAUUGUUUUUGAAGACUGAAAAUUUAACUUUAUAAACAGUAACCAAUAUAGCAUGGGAAUCUUUUCCUGUAAAAAAAUAAAAUGAUGAUCUAGUUUUAAUACCGGGGUUGGGGAAGCUAAAGAGAAAACAAAAGAGCACCAACAUUCCUAAGUGGCAGGAUUUAAGCUAUAUCCUAAAGGAGUUUUUUUUUGUUUGCUGUAAAGACUCAAUCAACAGGAGAAAAAGUGUGUGUGUUACAAAACUGCCCCAACGGGUCUAUAAGUAAAGCUAUAUUUUAUAAAAGAGUAACCAACCUUUUAAUAUGCUGCAUAUAAGUGAUCAGCAUUGUUGCACUUUCUCAGUAAUAAUGUCCUGUAAAUUGGCUUAUGGUAAAGAAUUUUAAAAUGUUUUUAAUGUACCAUAAUACUUGGGCAGAAGAUAAGGAGACUUACAGGUACCUCACGAUUGAAACAAUAGCCUGAAUAUGCUGCAUUUUGUUCCUUUUAUUUCACAGAGCAUUUUGUUUGGCUUUCAUUAGUUUUAUUAUAUUGUUAACAGGCUACCUGACUUUUAAUUUGUAUUUGUUGGAUCCCCUGAAGAAUUCAGAGAGUUGGUCUCUCUUCACUUGGUUAGUCUUAUCCUUUACUGGUGUUAGUUCAGUAGAAAAGUUGUUAUCAAGUCUGCCCUGCAUUGUUCAGUAGAGGGUGUAGUGACUUUUUACAAAGUAGAUUUUAGAAAAAGGAAACUAAGGUUGUAAAACAGGCAAUAUAUGUUCUCUUUUGGUUUGUAUGCUUGCUUCAUAAUCAUUGAACAUCUGAGAUGGGGAGAGGAGUUGCUGCUUUCCAACUGGAAAAAAGCAAUCUUAUAUUUGGACCUGUAAUAAUUUUAUAUUGACCAAGGAAUAAGCUAACAGGUUAGUUAUGAUAGCCUAACUGGACAGCUGAGCCACAUUGUUACAUCCAAACACCCUCCCCCUUGGAAAUGAAGGAUGGUAGCCACCUAAGCAGUUGUGCUAGCUAGGGCAAAGA